AUGAGCAGAGUAGAAGGAGAUGAUCCCGCAAUCGGAGACAAUAAUACGCAAAGCAGUAGAACGGGAGAGGGGCUCAACGCUCCACCAAGAAGAGCUACCGGCGAAAGCUCGUUUUGCCCGGUCACUACAUCGAUGGCAGGCAUUCACCCGAGCCCUAUGUCAGGGGUUACCACUCAUUACCCGUGGGGAAUGCCAUCGUCGGGUAACAUUCCCCCAACAUCAUACUCCACCCCUAUGCACCAAACCACUCAAACUUUUUUAAGACCGGGUGUAACCCCCAUCAACCUCGCAUUCACCCCAAACACCACCCCCGCACCUAGACAAACCACCGCAGAAGUCCAAAAUCCUACGCCAGCACAAAUCCAAGAAUACAUCGAGUUUCAUACUCGGCAGCUAGCUUUCCUUCAACAGGUACAACAGGUCCAUACUCGGCCAACAGCCCCAACUGCAACCCAGGAUAACACUACCACUCCACCAUACAUACCGACCGCACCACCUUACCCACAGGAAUUCUACCAAGGCCAAAAAACACCUGAGGAAGCAAACCGCGAGAAAAAUCCACGAGAACAAAACCCAGAGCCAGCACAGACCGGACAUAAAACUCCAGAGGGACAUAAAAAGACACCAAAACGGGUUGAGAUCGAAGAGAGCGUACACAGCUCGGGCGCUAAUUCACCAAAGAAAAAGAACUUGGAGCAAGAAAUCACCGAAAGAGUCAGAACCGAGAUGGAAAAAUGUAGAAGGAAAGAGCCGAGAAACACAAGUUUCCUGAACAUCGGAAACCCAAUGUCGGCAGAAAUACGAGAAGAACCCUUCCCUUUAAACUACAAAACACCGCAGUUAGACGAUUACAAUGGAACAGGGGACCCGAUCACGCACUUGAGUUGUUUACAAGGGGUCAUGAUGGUACAAUGUUUGUCCGAAGCGGCCGUCUGCAAACUCUUCCCGACUACCCUAAAAGGACCAGCUGCCAUCUGGUAUCAAAGCCUAAAAGAAGGCUCUAUCCGAAGCUUCGACGAGCUGGCAAGAGCUUUCCGAACACAUUUCGCACCGAGCAUACAACGAAAGAAAAAGUCCAGUGACUUAAAACUUUGCUACCAAAAACCAGGAGAAAGUCUGCAGAGUUAUAUCGGCCGAUUCAACGCAGAAGCGGUCGAAGUGGGAAAUUUGAAUGAUGAUACUGUGAUAGAUGCAAUGAAAGACAACACAACAAUGAUGGCCUUCCGGGAUAACCUGAUAACAAACCCAGUACAAACUUACUCCCAGCUGAUGGACCGAGCCUGGAACUAUAUAAAUUUAGACGAAGAACAACGGCGAAAAGCCGCACAAACUACAAAGCAAUAG